AUGAGGAGCCCUCGGGAGCUCGCAGACCGAUCAAGAUAUUGCCGAUUCCAUCGGCAGCACGGGCACGACACGGAGCAGUGCUACGAGCUGAAGAGGCAAAUCGAGGAGCUUAUCCUCAGAGGUCACCUCGGCCGGUACCUCCGGCCGAACAAAGAGCAAUCGCCUCGCCUAGAGGGUCCCGUCGAGCGGCACAUCGAUGUGAUAGCCGGGGGCCCCGCAUCAGGAGGAGGCUCCAUGUCGGGCAGGAAGGCGUAUGCCCGAGCCGCUCCCGACGAAGCCUCGGGGCACAAGCCAGAGCCCGAGAUUAAAUUCCCAAUCGGAGCUGACGAGCGACCCGACCACGAUGACGCCUUGGUAAUAUCGGCCAGGGUGGUCAACGCACAGAUGAAGAGGAUCAUGGUCGACACAGGGAGCUCGGCCGACAUACUCUACUUCGACGCCUUUCAGAAGCUGGGUUUGGCCAGGGAGAAUCUGAGCCCGGUGUGCUCGGCCCUCACCGGCUUCACGGGAGAUUCAAUAUCACCCCUGGGGGCCAUUACUUUGCCCUUGACUCUGGGGGUCCCGCCGAAGUCAAAGACGGUGAUGACCGCUUUCCUGGUGGUCGACCUCCCUACCGCCUACAAUGCCAUACUCGGUCGGUCGACCCUCAACAAGGUCAGAGCGGUCGUCUCGACCUACUACCAGACCAUUAAAUUCCCAACUCAUGCUGGAGUCGGGGAGGCCACGGGAAGCCCCCGAGAGUCCAGGCGGUGUUACCUUACCGCCGUGUCAUUGGGCAAGAGAGCCAGGACCAAGGCGCCCCUGGAAGAUCCGCGGGAAAUGAAAAAGCUAACUCCUCAUCCCGAACCGACGGGGUCCACCGUUGACAUUCCCUUGCGAGAAGCUCGGCCGGACUAG